AUGGAUCUUCUUAACACGGUUCGCAAGAGCGGCUCUCGCGGCGGCGUCAACUUUUCCUGGGAUGAAGUGGCCAACUCGAACCACCGCGAAAACUACCUGGGCCACUCCCUCAAAGCGCCUGUAGGACGAUGGCAAAAAGGCCGCGAUCUCACAUGGUACGCCAAAUCCGGCGACGGAUCAGCACAGAACCCCGACGAGACAGAAGCCGAGCGAGAAGCCAGGGAGAGGAAGGAAGAAUUGAGGCGUGUGAAAGAGGCAGAAGAGGACGCCAUGGCUAAGGCCAUGGGACUACCGCCACCAGUGAGGGAUGCUUCAGGCGCCAACGCCGUCGAAGUUAAAGGGAAUAAGAUGGGCCCUGAGCAUCCUGAAAAAGCAGAGCAGGAUGCCCCUGUGAGAGAACGCUCUAGGCGACAUGGCGACGCGCAUCGCCGAGAGCGCCGACGGCACAGAAGUCGUGAUGGCGAACACAGACGUCAUAGGAGCAGAAGCCGGGACCGAGAUGACCGAAGGCGAAGGGACCGCCAUGAGCACCAAGGCCGGGAUCGAAGCCGCGACAGGGUCAGCAGAGACGAGAGACGCCACAGGCGACAUAGAAGUCGCAGCCGAGAUGAUGAAGACCAUGGGAGGAGAGAUCGGCAGCGCGAGGACAGAACCAAGGAGCGACGCAGGUCCACGUCUCGGGGCGAGCGUCGACGCAGCGGCAGCCCUCGACCAAGGCAGUGA